AUUCCAGUAUCGCCAUGCUCGAUCAACGUAUCUUCAUCCCCAUCAUUUGGACUACCUUCGUGAUAUCUGGAGCUACUAACGUGGCACGUUUUCUGGUUCUCCGCCCCAUUCUUUCCGUGACAACCAUUCAUCAUUUCUUGUCCCAUUUCAGCAUCCUGCUCCUUGGCACGGGCUGCGCAAUUGACACUUACCUCGCCUUUCAUACUGAUAGGAUUCGCCUCAGUGGUUAUGGAACUCACUUGCAAUACGCCUCUACGGUUCUCAAGAUCACAAGCACAUGGCUUGCGAAGUGCAGUCUGAUGGUGUCCUAUCACCGUCUCAUCGACGGUAAUAUUCCACUUCAUCGGGCGUGGUACGCUUUCGUCUCAACCUCAAUUGCCGCCUAUGUAGCUGGCCUGGCGGCGUAUCCUUAUGUCGCAUCGCCUUGUGUAGCAGAUUGCAUAUUCCCGGGUUAUACAUUCUCUUAUCGCGCGCUCUGGCUGUCAACUGUGUGGGAUGUAGUCAGCAGCUGUGUUCUCAUUGUAUUCCCAAUGGCGAUCCUACUGUCUGCCCGAAUUCAAAGGCGCACUAAACUUCUCGCCGCUACCCGGUUCAGUCUCAUCGGGCUGUGUGUCGUAAUUUCUGUGGUUCGAGCGGUGACGAGCUACAAAAUGGCCGGCCUCGCAAAAGUAUUCUGGCUUCAUCAAUGGGACACUAUUCAUAAUGGAGUUUUUCUGUUUACCAUCAACUUCUUUUCCAUCCGUGCCAGAUAUCUCGGGAAAUCAACGCAUAAUCGCAUCGGAACGAACAAGAAUCGGCACACGACCGCCAGUCUCUCGAACAAUCCUCCUACACCGGGCAUUUCCUCCCGCAUGGAGAAAGCGUUCCAAAGUCCGCAGAGCCACGUUUUGCACACGUCUCCGAUCGACCGAGGACGCCCGAGCGUGUUGCGGAGUACUUUUAGCUGGUCAUCCUCAGAAUCUCACCCACCACCACAAAUCGGUAGCACAGAGCUAGAUAUAGGCCAUGCUAUAUAA